CAGGGCUGUCGUGAGGCGGCUCUGGCCAAUGGGGAGGCGAGCCGGGCCUGGGGGGCGGGGCAUCGGGGCCUUGUCACGCUCGGGUCCGUGUGAAAACGGGGGUUCCGAGUGCAAAGCAAAGUUUUUUUGUAAACCGUCUGCAAAGGCGGGGGGGCGAAGACGGCGGUCGCCGCCGGGCCGAGCGCAGUCGCCGCGGACGCCGUCUCCCGAGCGCCUCGGUCCGAUGCUCCGCAGCCCCUCGGCACGCCGUGGCCCGCCGCGCCCUCCGCCUCGCCGGUCCAGCCGAGCGCCGGCUCUUGAGUAGCUGCGCGGCCGGCGGUUUCCCCCACAGCGCCGCUCCCGCGUCCGCGUCCGCUUCGGCGUCCGCGCCGAGCCUCAGGCCGCCGCCAUGGGCUGCUGGGGCCGCAACCGCGGCCGGCUGCUGUGCAUGCUGCUGCUGACCUUCAUGUUCAUGGUGCUGGAGGUGGUGGUGAGCCGGGUGACCGCGUCGCUCGCCAUGCUGUCCGACUCCUUCCACAUGCUGUCGGACGUGUUGGCGCUCGUGGUGGCGUUGGUGGCCGAGCGCUUCGCCCGGAGGACCCACGCCACGCAGAAGAACACGUUCGGCUGGAUCCGCGCCGAGGUGAUGGGCGCGCUGGUGAACGCCAUCUUCCUCACGGGGCUGUGCUUCGCCAUCCUGCUGGAAGCCGUCGAGCGCUUCAUCGAGCCGCACGAGAUGCAGCAGCCGCUCGUGGUGCUGAGCGUCGGCGUGGCGGGGCUGCUGGUCAACGUGCUGGGGCUCUGCCUCUUCCACCACCACAGCGGCGAGGGCCAGGGCGCGGGCCACGGACACUCGCACGGCCACGGCCACGGCCACCUCUCCAAGGGCGCGCGCAAGGCGGCCCGCGCGGGGGGCGAGGCGGGCGCGCCGCCCGGCCGGGCGCCGGACCAGGAGGAGACCAACACACUGGUGGCCAACACCAGCAAUUCCAACGGGCUGAAGGCGGACCAGGCAGAGCCAGAAAAAUUGAGAAGUGAUGAUCCAGUGGAUGUACAGGUAAAUGGGAACCUCAUCCAGGAGUCUGACGGUCUGGAAUCAGAAGACAACAGGGCUGGACAGCUGAACAUGCGAGGAGUGUUCCUGCAUGUCCUUGGAGAUGCCUUGGGCUCCCUGAUCGUGGUAGUGAACGCCUUGGUCUUUUACUUUUCCUGGAAGGGUUGUACUGAAGACGACUUUUGUAUAAACCCAUGUUUUCCUGAUCCCUGCAAAUCGUCUGUAGAGAUAAUGAACAGUACCCAGGCCCCGAUGCGUGAGGCUGGCCCGUGCUGGGUACUCUACCUAGAUCCAACCCUUUGCAUUAUAAUGGUUUGUAUACUUCUUUACACGACUUACCCAUUGCUUAAGGAAUCUGCUCUCAUUCUUCUACAAACUGUUCCUAAGCAAAUUGACAUCAAACAUUUGGUAAAAGAGCUACGAGAUGUUGAAGGAGUUGAGGAAGUCCAUGAGUUACACGUCUGGCAGCUCGCUGGAAGCAGGAUCAUCGCCACGGCUCACAUCAAAUGUGAAGACCCAGCUUCGUACAUGCAGGUGGCCAAAACCAUUAAAGAUGUUUUUCACAAUCAUGGAAUCCAUGCUACUACCAUCCAGCCUGAAUUUGCUACCGUAGGCUCUAAAUCAGGUGUAGUCCCCUGUGAACUUGCCUGCAGAACUCAGUGUGCUCUGAAGCAGUGCUGUGGGACACGGCCACAAGUCCAUUCUGGAAAGGAUGUGGAGAAGGCGCCAACAGUCGGCCUUUCUUGCUUAGAACUCAGCGAAAAUCUAGAGAGGAAGGCCAAGAGGACUAAAGCUGAAAGCAGUCUCCCUGCUGUGGUGGUAGAGAUUAAAGACGUGCCAGACAGACAGCCCGAAUCAUCCUUGUGAGUCUGGAGAAAGAGAUUUGACAUUUGCUUUUAAACGGCAAGAGAAAAUAGACUCCAUUGAAAUACCAAGUUUGCCAAGUAGUGUAUUUGAAGUCCUUGUCUGGUCGCACAGUUUAAUUCUAUUUUUGUAAGAACAUAAUGGAACUGCAUAGUAGAGUGUGCUACAUUACAGCCUUGUGAUUAUUAGUGCAUAGUGCAGCUAUGCUGGAACACAUUUUGAAAGCCAGUUUUAACACUAUGUUACAUUUUUGUUUAAAGUAAGUAUAAACCUUAUAUGACAUAAUGACAUUUGAUUCCUGGUUUUCCCAUGAUAAAAAUUAGGGGGAUAAAUAAAAUUGUUACUGGAAUUUCUCUGCUUUUCUUUCCCCCCAUUGUUAUAUCUUAUCUGUUAGGAUUGUAAUUGCUAGGCCUUUAAAAUCAUCAAGUUUGUUUGCUUUGAUGUUUGAGGGGAUAGUUACUUGCCCUUUGAGAUCAUAAACAUAGCACAAUGGCAGCAUAUUUCCAGAGCGAGUCAUGACUAUUAGCAGGAAAUAAAUUUAGUUACUACUCUGUGCUCUCUGCUGAGUAGUAGUCCAAGUAAACUGUGAGAUAAUUCACAAGAUGAGCUAUAGUUUACACAUUGUGGAGCAUAUCGGGGAUAAUAGCAGAGAAGAAGGCAGUUACUGCAUAAUGUUGAUUACAGCUCUAAAUUAUCUUGAAAAUCUCCAGUGGCUUUAUUCUACCAAAGUCAGUCUAAACAUGUUUGCAGUGUUGCUUUCUUUCAAAGACUGGUAUUAGCAACAUUGAACUAAAAGGUUCUAAAUGCAUGAAUAUUUUUUUGAGAAUGCAGACUUGUCUUGGCUCCUUAACUGCAAACUAUUAAUCUUAAAUUUUGUCUAAAAGAAACUUCCAUAGUGACCCGUCAGGUGGAUUGAAUACCUUCUUCAUGUGCAGCCAACACAGUGUGUGCUUAGCCAAGAGCCAGUGACUUGAAAAUGAAAUCAGGUGGCUCAUGCAAUUUACUUUAGAAAGCAAAACCAGUAAGAGGAAGACUUAGGUCUUUAGCCGCCUGUCUUGGCAUGCUGGCUUGCUGUGCUUCCUCUGCAGGACGCCGCACUUUGCACCCAGGAAGUCAUUCACGGCUGCUCCAUGGCCACAGGUUUCAAAUCCAACGCAGACAUUUGAAGAUUUUUAAGUUAUAUUUUCCUUGAUAGAGAAAGGUUAGUGCUUUGUGAAGGAAACGUAGAUUUUGUCUUCAAAGGCGUGAUUAUUAAUAUCAGUAAUGUAUAGCUCUAUUUUUCUAGGAACAAAGUAUUCUGACUACAAUAACUUUUAUAGCUGACUACUUUUGGGAAAGUUAACUUUUGGGAUUUGAAAUAAUUCAUUGCUUAAUAAUCUGAAAAUGGAAGUGUUAAGAGUACGACAGUUACUUUAAGGGAUGGUCUCUCCCCUGGAGUCAUAAGCCUGUUGCUGGCAAUGGGCCUACUUAAGAACAGCUGGAUUUUCUGAUAAGAAAUUUAAUUUUUGGAACAUAGUUUGUAAGUUCACAUUUACUACACUGGGCCAACCAUCAACCUACAUAAUACUUCACUAAUGUGUGAUCUAACCUCUUGGCAGGUGGUUACUUUGACUUUAGCAAAACAUUUGUUUUUUUUUUAAAAAAAAACAUGAAAUUGAGAGGUGUGUGAGUGGUGUGAGGGAGCUCCAGUUGUCUCAGAUGGUACUGUGCUGAAGGUUUCAGUGUUCCCACAGUGGUACAGGAGGACCUCGGAAGCCUACGGCAUCCAGGAGGUAUCCUUCAGAACGCUCUGGGCAGGUUUAUGUCAUGGGAAGGAGGGCUGUGUCAGUCUGAUUUUCAGAAGUGCUUUAAGGUGGUGGUGGCCUGGGUGAAGUGGCUUCUAUGUAAAAAAGUGGUAUCAUAGGCUUUCUUUUCAAAGGUGUUUGUUAUAGCAAAAUCCAUGGGCACCAACUCCCCUUGAGGUUCUAGAGAAUUAUUUAUUUCUUUACAGUGCACUUUCUAACCCAUUUUUAAAGUUAUAUUAGGGUUAUCUUUAAGAAGAAAAGACGUUUUUAUAUUUAAAUGUUGUGGGAUUUGAGUGUCUUUUCCAAAAUAGCUUAUUUCUUGAAAGAAAAUGAGGAGCUACCUUGGCCUCUUCGGGACUAUCCCAUUGUUUAAGUGUGCUUCCUCUCUGGGCAUCAGGGCUGGGGGAGGCUUCCCUGGUUCUGUCUUACUUGAGCCAGGUCAGUGUGGAGCUGAGUGAGGAAGUGCUGCAUGCUGCCACAGUACACUCAAACAAGGAAUCCUUCCAGCCAUGUGCAGCCUUGGAACAAUGGACUUGAUUUCCCAUGGUCAGCUUUUAACUUGUAGGAGUAAUUCUUUUCUGGGGGGUGGGGGCGGGUUAGCUACAUUGUAGACGGACAGGCUAGAACAUGAAAAACAAUCCUGGAACAUUUACUGUAUUUUCACACCCGAAACAAAAUGCUGGGUAGCUUUAUCCUAAGAUGCAUAAUUUGAGCAGGAAGGGUUUUCAUCAAGUUUACUUUGGAGGGUCUCGGGAGGCUGUUUAUAUGUGUGUGUCUUGUCAGCAUCCGUUAUUUUGAGUUCCUGAAAGUUUUGAGGGAAAAGAAAACCUAAUGUGAAGUAUUUGGUAGGUAAACUGUUUUUGAAUGUUUUUACUGUUUUACAAGCAGAUACCAUUUGAACAACAACAACAAAAAAAUGUCAUUAACCUGCUGUCUUAAGGUAGCCCUCACAAAUCUAGAGAGUGGUUCAACAAUAGGAAAUAUUUAUUUUAGUACUGCAUUUCAGUUAAGUGGUAAACAGUGUUAAGAGGUCUGGGAAAGUGGAAGGCUUUUGUUGUCUUCGAAAUUGAAACUGCCCUAGUGCUUCACAGUCUGGAGAAUGGGACUGUAAUCACACUAUUUUGAUACAGUGCUGCAUAUAUACAUAUGCAUAUGUAUAUGCUGAUCCUAUUUUGUUUUACUAACAAGCUCUGGAAUAUUUAGCAGUCAUUUUCACUGGCACAAGAGCCUUUUGUAUAUUAAAUCAAUUUAAACUUUUAAACCAAAAAUAUUAAGGUUCAGUGUCAGGCAAAAAAGAUGCUGAGGAGAAUGUAACAUAGAAUUGAUACGUGGUUGUAUAAAAGGACACAAAUGGCCAUGCUAUGGGUCUACCUUGAAACAGCACAAUGGGGUGUUAGUGGGUCUGAUUCUCUAAGAUGCUCUCGAGUAGAUCCUGUCUUCUGCUGCCCGUCCUCUGGGCCAACGGCGCAGUUGAUGAGGCUCAUCUCGAACUCGAAUGCGGCAACCUUUUCCCUAACUUGUGUGUGUUUUAUGACUGUGUGUUAUUUCCAAAGCUGUUCCUACCUCACCGUGAGGCUUUAUGGAUUGUUAUGUACUAUAAAUGUUCUAUAUGAGACAAGACUACUGUGUUUCUUUUCAUUUAUUAAAAGUUAAGUAGAAAAAUAAA